CUCUCUCUCUCUCUCUCUCUCUCUCUUUCUCCAUCCAUAACCAUUUCUGUGUAAACUCCAUGGGACAGCUUCUGGAUAAGCUUCAAGGCAAAGAAUGGAAGAGAAGAGAGAUCAAAAAGAUAACAGACAGAACUUUUGAUAAUUUGAUAAAUGAAACAGGAAAGGCAAAUUUGUCAUUUGAAGAUUUGUAUAUUGCUGUGUUACUUGUUUACAAUGAGAUCAAUAAAUGUUUGCCUGGACCUCACUUUAAUCCUCCUUCAAAACUUGAAGUUAAAACCUUGAUGAAUGAGUGCGACAUCAAUUUAGAUGGAGAAAUUGAUCGCGAAGAAUUUGGAACGUUCAUGAAGAGGCUAACUUCGAGUACGAUCAUCGUGGUGAGUCAAAAACUGAUCAUUACGUUGGCUGUGGCACCGACAGUUGCAAUGUUGACCAAGAGGGCGACAGAAAGGGUCCCCGGUGUUGGCAAGGUUGUGAAAAGGUUGCCGAAUUCGGUUUAUGCAUCCCUUGUGACUCUUGCCAUUGUAGUUUUCCAAAAUGCACGCCAAAUAGAUCGCUGAAGCCUUUUCGUUUUGGAUUGGUUUAUGUUAUUAUGUAUAUUUGUAAUACACAAAAAUUAAGGUUACAUAUGUUAUUUUGCUACAAUAUUGUGAAUAAACAUUAAACUUUUUCUUGUAUAGAAAUAAUUGUGAACAAAUAUCAAUGACACAUACAAUUUAUUUUUAGCCUCA